UCCACAUCACCGAGCGCGUCGUCCUCGUACUCAGUCUUGCCACCAUGCACAGGCGACCCCGCCACACAAUACCGGCCACGCUGCCCUCAUCCGCGCGUAUGGUCACCAUCAUGCAUCCCGGCUACACACCUUUGCAAGACCUCCUCAUGCUCCCCGCCUACGACCCCGCCCCCGCCCCUGAGCUCUGGGGCUGCAGUCACCGCCUCGCCCUCGAUGCCUGCCGCAUCAUCGCCAACAACCGCGAUGGCUUCCUCUCCACCACCUUGGACGGCCGCGACCACGUCCCGGACAGCGAGCCCACGCUCACCGCCGACGUCUACUACUACUUUCUCCUCGGCGACCACGACCCCGAGUAUGCUGUCGUCUCCGAGUUUGCUGCCUGGCGCUUUCCCGAUACGCUCCCCGCCCACUGGCUCUCUGCCCGUCAGGACCGGAGGCAUCUAAGUCGGUUCUUUGCCAGUGAAUCGGCCAUGUCUGAUCGCGUCAGAGACAUGGACGGUGCAUGCAUUCUCAGCGGAUUCGGCCAAGCGAGCUCGUGCGAUAAUGCACACUUAGUGCCGAAGGAACAAGCCGUCUGGUUCACCUUCAACAGGAUGAAGGUCCACAACAUCCGCCCGGAAAUCGUGACUCCUAACGAUGUCGCCAAUGGUAUCUGUCUGCGCGCGGAUAUCCGGCUCUGCCUUGAUCGACAUGCCUUCGUCUUCUUCCCGGAUGGGUCUGACUUCGUUGCGUACUUCAUCAAAGUGGAGGACGACUAUGCGGAAUGGUUCCAUCGAACUGCUGCACAGAUCCACGAACGUGUCGCUGUUCAGUUUCUCUACGCCCGCUUUGCUUUCAACGUCAUAAACUUGGUCGAUACCUCGGUGUCUAGAAACCUCGUGUCUCCUAGCCCCGCAUAUCAAGCAGCACUGGCAGAUUAUUCGACACGGAAACAACCCCGACGCAGCCGAGACAAGCGUAUAUCUGGGACUCUGAGCGAGGAUUCCACACCGGAGGAGACGGUGCAAGAUUGGCUAUCCGCCCCAAACUUGCAGGAUGUAUUCUAUGCGAGGUACCCACAGCUACGUACGCAUCUCGCCAAGCAAGCAAAACCGACACUCACCUUGUUUCACUCACGGGCUUCCUUCUUAGGUCAGGAAGUCGAAUACUCCGAUGACCAUGACUUCAAUACCGUUGCCUGGCAUCCCGAGGUCGACAAAAUGCAAGAGUUGAAGGAUGCUUGGUUCUCCAAGAAUCCUCAAAUAAGACAGACCUCUCUGUCCGAGGGCGAUAAUCAUAAGGAGGGUUGCGUGAACGAGCAGGACCGUGUGACCAAGGCGGAGAGCGCACGUUAAAGCGAAGGUGACUGGAUGUUCUCUCGCCCAAGUUUUGUUACGGGAGUGCAAGUGCGGUCUGACAGGAAAGAGCAGCGGGGCAUGAGCACUGUUUUGAGCGGAUGAUGUGGACUCGUUGCAGCAGGGACUGGGUAGUAGUAACUUUAUUGGUAUGAUUAUGAUUAUUCGUAAGUAGAUGUCGUCGAUGCACACUUGCUCGUACGGUCUGUAUUAUCCCCAUCAAUGGAGCAUUGUAUCGCCGCAAUAUGUCUCCUAGUAA